AGCCAGCUGCAACUGCAUCAAUUCCACUUGCGCCUGACGAUCUCAUUCUACAGCAUCAUGUACGCAGUUGUCUUCUUUUGCCUUGUUGCGGCAGCGUUUGCUGAUCAUCCGAGCGGUUAUGGGACACGAUGUUACGACUGCAAUUAUGCGCCAUCGGGCUACUCUAAGAAUAAUUAUGGAUGGGCCAAGGUGGCGGCCGGAACCGAGCUGUGUGCCCUUACCAGACCAAGUGACGGAGAACAACUAGACCGAUGGAACUGCGACUCUGGUUACUGCUUCAUUCGCAAGGACCCCAACGGCUUGGUCUACAGAGGCUGUGCUAACCGGGAAAACCUGCCAAUUGACGUUGAUCCAAAAGUCCAGUGUCAGUACCAGGGCUCCAAAAUGUACCAGUCUUUGUGGUACUUCUGCAAGGGAGAUCUCUGCAAUGAUGGUGCGCUCGGAGACAAGGACAGGUGUGGCCACGGAUCUUACAAGGACUCAUUCUGCAACCCAUACAAAUGCAAAAACAACCCAUCCGGCCUGUUCGCAGACCCAUACGACAAGAACGGGUUCAUCCAGUGCGGCUGCGACUUCCAAUACGGACAGGCAUGCACAUGCUGCAAAUCUUUCAAGUUUAGCUGUCCAAAGGGAAGCACUUGGGAUGACGGGAUCAAAGCCUGCGUCAACGCCCAGCGCUCUUAUGCUCCCGUUCAUUAAUUUCAAAGUUUCAACCACUGCUAAGAUCCAAGAAAUGACCACGUGAUGCGAUUAGUUGAUUCAGCCCUUGGGCAGACCUAAGAUAUUGCUUACUCGAAAUUUGAUAUACUCAGCUUUUUAUAUUAACACUCUGCGGUUUGAAUAAAUGCAACUUUCUGAAAUUUU